UUUUUUUCUUCAUGACUACACCAGCAUUGAUUACGGCAGAAAAAGUAAUUGUUCAAGUUUCUCCUUUGGAAUGUACUAUCAGCAAGGAAAACCAUUUACGAAAAGGUUUACCUGACUACGAAGCCUAUAUACGGAGACGUCUUCCUGAUCAUACGAUCUCACAAGGACAAGUUAUACAAUGGGAGUUAGGUGGACGCUGGAUCAAUGUGACUAUACGCGACAUUAUGAUAGAUACAUCACAGAUCAUACCUACGGGACAGGAUCAGCAUUAUAGAUUAGAGCGGAAGACAACAAUUAUCGAAAUAGAAAGAAGUUCUCCUUUAUCAUCGGAUCUUACUAUGAAUAUGCAAGACGAAACACUGGAAAGUCUAUUAGAUAUGAUUUUAAGUGGAUUCGAUUAUGCUACUUCGUUUCGUCAACUUGGUAUUCCUGUAGCAAAAUCUAUCCUUCUUCAUGGUGUAUCGGGUGUAGGCAAAUGGACAAUGAUCAAACAUGCCAGUCAUAGAUUAGAAUGCAACUUGUUUGAAGUAUCGAUUCAACAAUUGUUAGAAUUAAAGGAUGAACGGGACCUGGAUGCUUUCAAGAAUUAUAAUCCUCUUCAUUUGAUGGUCAACAAGGCUAUCGCUGGAACACCAUCUAUAUUGGCUAUACGUGAUCUGGAUAUGAUUGGCAAAGGAAAUGAUAAACUUAUCGAUAUAUUGAUCAAUGAAAUCAAUCGGAUUCCUGAUACUGAAAAGGUCUGCAUGAUUGGUCUCGCACGGCAACUACAAAAAUUACCUCUUUCAUUACAAAAGGUCGACGUAUUCAAACAACAUCUUACAAUCUCUAUUCCUACGAUGGCUCGACGGAAACAGUUAUUGAAAACGAUGUUACUCGAUAUGAAUCUUGAUACCAACCAAGAAUCGUCGGAUGUUAUAGACUAUUACUCAACACAGAUAAGUUUGAGAACCUCAGGUUAUGUAGCACGGGAUUUGAAAAUGAUCUGUCGACAAGCAGGACUCAAAUCAAGGCGACGGCAACAUGAUACUGAAAUGGAAGAAGAUAUCAUCAAGGGAUUGACAAAUUUGAAUUUGGAUGGAAAGAAGCAACAAAGAUUGGUUAAUUGGUCUGAUUUUGAGUAUGCACUCGAAAACCAUCGACCUUCCCAACAAGUUGAAGUGGAAUCAACAAUAAUAAAAAGAAGCUGGGAUGAUAUUGGAGGAUAUGGCAAGAUCAAGCAGCGGAUCCGACAAACUACUUUGAUACCUUUAUUACAACCUGAUUUAUUCAAACGAUUAGGCAUUUCUCCACCUUCUGGUGUUCUGUUGUACGGUCCUUCAGGUUGCGGGAAAACUUUAAUGGUACAAGCCUUGGCAUCAGAAUCAAUGAUGAAUGUCAUUUCUAUCAAUGGACCGGAGAUCUUUUCAAAAUACCUUGGUGACACUGAAAACAAGAUACGACGACUUUUUGCAACAGCUAAAAGGAUUGCUCCCUGUCUGAUGUUUAUUGAUGAAAUGGAUGCUAUAGCUACACGUCGAGGAUGGGAUAGCGGUGGUGAUAGUAGUGGAGGAGUGAAUGAACGUGUACUUAGCACUCUUUUAAAUGAAAUGGAUGGUGUGGAAGGACGACAAGGAGUGAUCGUGAUUGGCUGUACAAAUAGACCACAAGAAAUAGAUGAUGCUAUCUUAAGACCAGGUCGUUUGGAUCAAUUACUUUAUGUGACUAUGCCAACUGUGGAUGAUAGAAAGGACAUCAUUACAACAUUAAUGCGACAUAUCAAAGUGGAUGAUGAUAUGGAUCCUAUGGACUUGGCAGAAAAGACAUCUUAUUGUACUGGUGCAGAUCUUGCUUAUCUAUUCCGUGAGGCAGGGACUGUGGCACUUCGUGAAAAUAUAGAUACAGCUAUUAUUGGCAAACGACAUGUGAAUCAAGUAUUGCCAAUUAUUUGUCAUCGGGCAAAACAACUUGUUGACGAUGGAAGUUUGGAUUGUUAUGAAAAAUUUUAUAAUGAUCAUAGUGUGUAGCAUAGUAUUACUAUUAUUAUUAUUAUUCCUUGUAUCAUAUUUAUAUUCCUAGAUUGUUAUUAUUAAUAAAUGAAAAUAGACUAUUUGAAGUAUAA